CAGAGUAUCAGCUCUGCUGACAUUAGUAGAUCAGGUGUCUGGUUUAUACUAGUUUUUCCAAAAUUCCAGUGAAUUCCUUAUUAUUGCUACUAUAUUGUCUUCACUGUUUAAGAAUUUGAUCACUUCUAUUUCAGAAAGUCUGGCUGGCAGUUAGUUGGACCAUUUAAUCAAUUUGUUAGAAUAGAAAUUUGAUUUCUCUCUGAUAGGUAGCAGUAUUACAUUUACUGCACCCUUUAUCUGCCUUUUAUUGAAAUUUCCAUUUAUGGACAGCAUAGUUUCACUAUUUUUUAGCUUAGCUGAGAAGCCAGGCCUUAAUAGCACAAGCAAACUCAUGUACACACUCGUACAUACUUGAGAAAAUCCUAGAGGAAGAUAUCCUUAAAACUGUAUUUAGUAGCAGAGGAAAUGUGUUUAAAAGCUCCUCAUUUAUCAGGAAAAUAUUGUCUCAAUAAUGUUGGUAAGGUCAUUAAAAACCUAGAUUAUCUAGUUAAUAUUGCAACUGCCAUCUGCUUCAGUUAGGCCAGGCCAAGAGCACAAUUUAUGUGACCAGUAUCUCACUUGUCAAAUAAUUCUGUUAAACUGCUAAUGCCAUUCACAGACUUCAGCCCCUGACAGGUACAGAAGAGAAGAGAAGAAAAGCCAUAUUAAUUUCCUCCAUCAGAAUCCCAGGUAACCUCAUUAGGCUGGUCACAGUUCCUACCUGCUCACUGCUGGGUGCACACAGCUCUUGAAUUAAUUUUCUAGGGAAGAGAUCUGCAAGGGCAAUUCGGUGUUCCCUUCUGGUGCAAACCUUACUGCCUCGGCAAGGUCUGUGCCCAUCAGCUUCUUCAUGAGAAUGCAGUAGUGAAGGAAACACAGCUCUGCCAGAGAAGACCUUGUGAAGCUCAUUGAGCUCAACCCCAGCUCAGUAAUAUUUGAAAUGGAUGUCUGUCAAUAGCAUGCUUGGCUGGAGGUGCCAAGAUCAUCUGACCUUCUCUUUGUGUCCUGGGUUUUUCCAGUGAAGUCAAAGGACCACUAAUCCACGUGUUGCCAGUGAAUAGCAAACACAAGCUGCUUACGAGUAAUCAUGUGGAAAUGGGUGGAGGCAUAAUUUGUGUGAUCCCCUCCCAUCCUACUGCCGGUGGAAACCUGCUCUCUGCCAUUACGAUGUGUUGCCAACAUUUUGAUUUGGUCAUCUGCUCCUUUGCUAUGAGUUCUCCGAGUUUGCUUUGAGUGCCCAAGCAGUAAUUCUCAGCAAUAAGGAGCACCUAUGGGCAGUCUCAUACUGAUGUUCAUCAUGAAAACAAAGGUAAAUCUUCAAACUAGUCCUGCAGUGAUUACUACCAGUUUAAAAUAUUGUGGAUUUUUUUUUUUAACUUCCCAAUAAUGCAAGUUUACCUAUGAUCAACAGAAAACUUGGAGCCUGUUACAGUUAUUUUGUUCCUUAUGCAUGUGGACCUCACUCCUGUGCUGAAGAAAACAGGCACUGAUAUAUACCAUAUUGCCGAGUCUUCCAGCAGCAAAUGAAGAAUAUGCAUCUGUUCCUCUUUUCCAUUUUAUAUUUGCUUUUGAAAGCCACUGGCACCAAAGAGGUUAUAUCUGGUCAUAAUAAUUUCACAGAGUAUCAAGUGGGCAACAUGAACCUGAUUCUCUCUGUCCCACACGGUGGGUCAAUGGAACCCCAAGACAUCCCUGAUCGAGAGGCUGGCUGUUGGGAUGCAAAGACAUCCUCUUGUAUUUUCUCUCAUGAGUGUCCUCUUGGAGGUAUUCAAAAUCAUAAGAAAUGCAAAGUGUCUACCAACCAAGACAGGUAUACUAUUGAGGUUGCUCAGGCUCUUGCUGAAGAAAUCAACAAAAUUACUAAUGGCUUCUUCCCCCAUAUCAUUAUAAACCACCUGCAGAGGUUCAAGAUGGAUGCUAACAGGGGAAAGGAAGAAGCCUCCUUUGGAAUUCCCCAAGCAGAACAUGCCUGGGAGGAGUACAUGGGAUUUUUGACCACUGCAAAAUCGCAGAUGACGGGGGGCCUGAUUCUGGAUAUCCAUGGACAAGCACAUCCUGAACGGUGGAUAGAACUAGGUUACACACUUUCAAAAACUUCCCUUAACUCAGGCAUCUUUUCUGCAUCAUGUUCCUCAAUUAGCCACCUGGCCAGUCAGCUAGUCAACGUGUCUUCUGAGACUUUAGUUGCAGGGAACAGGAGUUUGGGUAAAUAUAUCGAAGAACAAAAUAACAGUUAUGUUUGUGUGCCUUCUCCAUCCAAUCCUAGCCCAAAUAAUGGGAGCUAUUAUAGUGGUGGAUACAUAACAAAGACUUAUGGUUCCCGUAGUUCCGGCACCGUUGAUGCCAUUCAGCUUGAGCUACCCCAGUGGGUGAGGGCAGCUGAAGAACGUCCCAGAUUUUGUAAAGCACUGGCAAGGGCUGUAAUGAAAUUCUGGCAAACUAACUACUGCAGCCAGUACAACCACGAAUUUCUGCCAUGCUGAAAGAGGCUGUCUUGUUAAGAUGCCUUUCCAUGAUACAGCAGUGAUCUGGAACAACAGAACAACUGAUACAGCUGGAACAUUUAAACCUGCAAUAUAAUUGUGGAUGCUGGUGGAAAGAAACUAACCUGCAAAGGAAUACAGAGACAUCGACACACAGAAAGUCCACAGCUAAUACAAACAGGUCUGUUAACACACAGCUUUGUACUAGAUCCAGCAUCGAAAAGACUGCUUGAAGAUGAGUGGGUGUAUUUGGAAGUAUCACUUGCCUGGUAUGCUUUUCUGUGCUUAAUUUCUUUCCAGUAGCAUCCUCUGUUCUCUAGCACACAAUAAACAACUAUUCUUCUUCUAA